AUGUUCAACAUGUUUUUUAAAUAAUAAACUGAAUUCGAGAAAGCCUUAUCAAAUAGCUCUAUUUUGAAUAAUAAACCCUCAUUGAGUAUUGCAGACUUGAAACAUCUGAUUUAAGGUUUCCCUUAACAGUCUUAAUCAAUGUGUCGAACUCCUUAAUCAAUAAAGAAAACUUUUUAAACAUUUUUUUAAGCCCUACCGGAAAAGACUUCCUUUCGAGUAAAACUGAAAGUUUUAGCCACUUGCCAUGUCCUUUUAGAAGAUGGUAUACACGGAUAGUAAUUUUCUGAAUCCCUUCUAAGUUGGAAUGGAUUUCGGAUUAAGUAAAAUAAUAUAAGCAACAUAGGAUUUAGAGAUAAAAAUCAAGAUCAGGAGAAAUUCGUUUAAAUGUAUUAGGAAAUGCUAAAAAGAUUCGCGUAUGGAUUUGAUUUACUGAGGAUAGCAAAAUCGCAGUAAAUAAAUUCUUCAAAUACUACUAUUGAUUGCACCUAUUAUUACAAGGCUAUUAAUUUAUUAAACCAUAUUUUCAGUUAUUCGUAGUUUAUUAAAUAUGUGUUUGAGACAGUCUAAGAGUUGAUUGUUGGCGAGAUAUUACUAUUAAUUUGGAAUGAUGUUAUAGCAACAUAUUUAUUUAUUGAAAAAAUCAUAUUUCAAUUCCUUGUAGAUUAUUAAAUCAUCUAAGCAUCAAUAUUCUUUUAAUUAAAUGGCCUUAUUCCAGAAUUUAUUAGAUUAACAUCUUAAAUAUAAAAGUUUUAUGAAUCAAAUUAAAAUUUCUUGAAUUUAAAAUAAUUUAAGGCGCCUGCAUGGAAAAUAAUUGAUUAAAAACUGUUGUAGGAUUUAGAAAAAUAGAAUCAAACAUUAAAACUUUAAAAUGCCAAAGAUAGGUUGACUAAAAAAUAAAGUUCAAAAGCAUCUUCCUUAAGUACACUUUACUCUACCCCUUAACAUCAAACGGCAAAGUCAUUUUUAUUUGGAAACACUACUUUUGGUUAUAUUAAAAGAUUAUCAACACUUAAUGAUCCUUUUGAUGAUAUUGAAGAGAUGACAUAAGGUUUUAAGAUUUGA